AUGGAAUCAAACAAGAGAAACACUUAUUCUUUCAAGUUCAAAGAGCCUGAUCUGAGCAGCCUACAUGACUUAGUUUCUCAAACGCAUCCGGUAUACAGAUUCAACUUUGGGAAUAACUAUGGAAACUUGCUUGAACUUUUGAAUCAAAAGGUAGACCAUAUAACACAGGUGACUUUGGCACAGUUCUAUGAUCCACCCUUGAGGUGUUUCACAUUCCAGGAUUUCCAGUUGGCACCAAUGUUGGAAGAGUUCGAGCGCCUCGUUAGAACUUCCAUGAAGAAUAAUUCAUUGUUUAUGGGGAUGGAUGAAUCCCUGAAACAUGAAGUUAUUGCUAAAGCCCUUCACACGGAUAAGAAACAAGUUACUUCCAAUCUAGGGGUCAAAGGAAAUACCAAAGGCUUCUCACUCAAGGUCCUCCUGGAAAGACCUUAUACACUAUUGAAUGUAGAAAGUUGGGAAGCUUGCUACACUACCACUACCUUGAAUAUCUAUGGAAUCAUCUUAUUCCUAAAUAUGGAUGGUUUCAUAGACAUGACUGCCAUUAGUAUUUUCCUCACAGAAAAUCAUGUACCAGCCCUUUUGGUAGAUGCUUAUUAUUACCUAAGUUAUAGACAUGUGAAGAAGAAGAGAAUGAUUGCUUGUCGUGCCCCUCUUUUAUCCCGGUGGUUCUUGGAACAUAUUCCAAAGACAAGAGCUUUUGUAGAGCAGAAAGAUGAUAGUUGA